UUGACUCAGCCGUGUAACGUUCGGAUGCAUGCCGCGUCAUCGGCGCUCAAGCAACCAGACAUCCAGCCUCUUCCUCUUUCCAGCUCCACAGAAGUAGGGCAAAGUAACACAAAAGCCCCACAGGACUUUACUGGACAACAGACUCAGGACAUUAUUUAUAUCGGGAGACGUGGAAGAAAGUUUUGUUUAACUUGCAACACUCUGGUGAACAAUCCGGAAGCUUGUUUUUCCUCGACGGCGUCGGAGGUUUCCAGGGUUCGUGCUUUUGUGGAAGACCCUAAACUCGGAUCCAGUCGGUUUGACUGCAGUCUGUUGCGCGCGCGUGUGUGUGUGUGUGUGUGUGUGUGUUUGCCCCUCCCGGUCAGGUGACUGAGGUGUGUCUAAUCACUAGAGCCUGUGGAGAUGCUUUGUACUAUUCUACCUGUUGAGUAACUGAAAGAUGAUCUCCGGCUCAGCGGUCAACUGCGUCCUGUUCUGAACUGGGACUCUGCUCGGGGAAACGUGAUCAAAUAACAUAUGAGGCAUCUUUUGUAACUUUAAGAAACAAUAUCGCCUUUAUUUGUACGCUUUUUGGUGCAUAAGUUAUCGCUGAGCCGCUUUAUUUGACAAGAAAAACAAAACGAUUGAAUCGCCAGGUCUCACUUUACCAUGGAAACCCUUUACCUCGAUCGCAAAAGGAGUUUUUCUAGGCUAGUUAACAAACUUUAUUAAGAGUUUUUAUACUUUUCUGGGAUUACAGUUUGACUUAAAUAUUAACUACGAGAAGAAAUAAGAAUCCGCUUUAAUUCGGUUUGUGUGGAAACGCUAUGGCUCUCUCUCAGGUUCAGUGUCUUGAUGACAAUCAUGUGAACUGGCGUCUGAAUGAAUCCAAACCGGAGUUUUUUUACAGCGAGGAUCAGCGGCUCGCGCUUGAAGCGCUGUUUACGAAAGGACGCGACGCGUUUGAAGCCUAUGUGAAAGAGCACCAGCUGCGUCCUUUCCUGUCGGAACCCGAACUCGAGCGGUUGCGUCGGAGCAUAGAAGAUUAUAAACCCGGUUCUGAGCAUCAAAAACCAGAUGGUACGACAGAGGGAGAGGACGGUGCGGUUUCAUUGCAGUAUUGGCCGGACCGCUCUGAUACCUCCAUACCGAAUCUGGACCUCGGAUGGCCAGACUGCAAUUCUUACCGCGGAGUGACGCGCGUCAAUGUGUUCACGCAACCGCCAGUGGACGGACAGACGACGCAUAUAAAAGAGGUUGUGAGAAAGGCCAUCGCGCAAGCACAGAAGAUGAUUGCUGUGGUAAUGGAUGUUUUCACAGAUGUUGACAUUUUCAAGGAUCUAAUAGAGGUUGGAUUUAAAAAGAAAGUAGCUAUAUACAUUAUUAUAGAUUUUGCAGCUAUACAGCAGUUCCUACAUAUGUGUGAGAGAGCCAAUAUGCACAGAGGACACCUCAAUCAUCUUCGGGUGCGAUGCAUCAGUGGUGCCGAAUUCUUUACACGCUCAGCUCAGAAGGUGCAUGGCUCUUUGAGUCAGAAAUUCAUGUUUGUGGAUGGAGACCGUGCUGUGUCCGGCUCAUACAGUUUUACAUGGACAGCUUCUCGUUUCGACCGCAACAUCAUUACAGUCCUGACGGGACAGGCUGUUGAAACUUUUGACAAGCAGUUCCGCGAACUAUACCUGAACUCUCGUGGGGUCAAUCUAACCAAGAUCCCUUUGGCGGACCCUCCGGAGCCUGACCCUGCCCCAAUCGUUGUUCCUCCCCCUGUUCCUGCAGCUGUUGCAAGAAAACUAAUUAACCCCAAAUAUGCAUUGCUUAAUAUAGAUUCAGCAAGCAAAGCCUCUUCAGACAAAGCUACUGCCAAGAACAGUAACUCCAAACAUCCUAUGGUCCAGAUUCCCAAACCUCAACGGGAGUUGAUAGAAGAACCGAAAAAGCACCCAGGACUUGUAGGUCUGCCGAAGGCAGAUCUCACUCACUACUUGCCCAUCUGGCCUGAGCCAGACCCACCCAGUGAUGUUAUUGGGUUUAUUAAUAUCCGUGAUACAAGCAAGCCAACACAGGUACAUUUAAUGCGCUCGCAAAUGUUUGAAACAUCUCAAGCAAUACGUUUUAAAGACCCUUUCACUGCCCCACCUGAGGAACCGUUACCAGAUAAGGCAAGUCCUCGGCGAAAAACAACACAAUUGUCUAAAACAGAGACUGUAGAUGCAAAUGUUCAAUCGAGCACCCAAACUCAGCCAGAGACUAAGUCUAGCAAUGCCCAUCAAGAUACACCAGCCAAUUCAUCCCAUUCGCCAAGCUCUCCGAUCCAGCAAGAAGAACCCCAAUCCAACCCUCCUCCACAAGAGCAGCAGUCCAACCCUGAACCAACAGAAGUCAAACAGACUUUAGAAAUGCCUGUGCCCAAGCCACGCACCCUUCAGUUGGUGGUUAACAGACCAGAGGGCUCUGGAGACGCAGAGGUCACUUUAGUCAGAAGGGACGAAAACCAGACAAAGGAUGCAAACACGGACACUCGCGACAACGAUGCCGACAGCACCGCUGUCAUCUGUGCACAAUCAUUAAAGGAUAAAGAUGAGAGUUCUACAAUGUCAGAUGAAUACUAUGAAUGUACUGACUCUGACAGUAGUGACAGACUCCCUAACGGAAGGUUAACGGGUUCUGGUCGUUUUGGAGACCACAGCACUGAUGCGCUUAACGUGAUGGCCCGUUUCUCUCAAUCCAUGCUGGACUUGCGAUCGGAUGAUGUCGAACAAAACACUGCUGAGAAAAAUCUACUGAACAUGCGGAACAAAGAUAAAACAAAGCUCUACCAGAUGGUUUCCAGAUCACCUGUUCGAGACACUUAUGGCCGGGCCAAAGUGGUGAUUGCUAAACCUGGAGUUUUCCAUAGACCUCCGAAAAGCAGCGGUCAUGUGAUCGGGGGCCACAGGUACUGGCAGGGGAAGGCGUAUGCUGACCUCCCCUCAAAUGGAUCAGGCCAGCAAAAUCUAAACCGCUCCGGCCGGUCCCCUAGAAGACAAAGCCCCGCCUAUACGAUAGAAGGACUGCGAACUGGCCAAACACACGCUCAGCGGCUCAUGCACUCUAAAUCACACUCUCCCACUCAACGGGCUUCUCAAACAAAGUCUCCGUCUCCUCGUAGACGGGUUGAGACUCGUAUGCCAUUAGGAAUCUCUUUAUCCAAACUCGCCAGCUACAAACUCCUCAGAGGGAAGGUUCCAGUGAACGCGUCUGGUUUUGCUUUGGGGGAUAAAUUGUUGACACAGAGGCACAAUGAAAAUUAACUGAUUUAUGGUGGCUUUAUUUCAGAAAAUAAACAACAACUUUGUAUUGAGUACAAAGGCAUGAAUGUGCAAUGAUGUAGCCACCAGUCUCCACUGAUAAAGACUUUUCAACUGGAGUUCAACUGGAUCUUUAAACUGGACCGUGGCAAGCAAAACUUGUCACAAGCAGCCUUACUCUUUAUUGACGUGCCUUUAUUGUGUAAUCUGGACUAGUGCAAAAAUUUGGUGGUGGAUUGGUGGCCAUGGUGAUAGUGAUUUCACAUUCACCCCUGUUGUUGACUAAUUAUUGUCUCAGCUUGUGGGAAAAGGACUUAAAGUACAAUACAAACUGACAGAGUUAAUUUUAAAGUCUGCAUUUGUCCAUGGUUUUAUCUGAGGAGAUCAGACUGUCUCAAGGCCUGUUCACACCAAGAUUAAUGUUUGUUGUGAUUGAACAUUUUUAUGUGAAUCGCUUCAGACUGAUACAAACAUUUGCAUGCUGUCAGUGUGACAGAUUCUUUCUUUAUGGAGAGGCGUUCUAAUCUCUUUUCCAGCGCAUUGCGGAAAAAAAAGACUGGUCAACCAAGAUUAGUGCUUUUAGUCACGUGCCCAGAGGUGCUGUUGUUGUAUAGAAUUAGUACUUUGUGGUACUCUCAAGCAGAAUAUUUUGAAUUUCAGUUUUUCCAUAAGCGACACCUAAUGACAGAAAGUGAAUUUGUAUUUUGAUUCAGCCUGUCUGCAGUUUUUUUGAAAAAGUCAGACCAGACUUUUGUGCCCAUCAUUAUUGGUGUGAACCGGCCUUCAGAAUUAGCUUUUGAGUUGGAGUCAAGACCAAACCCUCCAAGAUCCAGACCAAGACCCCUAAGACCUGGACCUAAACUCUAACCAAGACCUAGUUAUUUUAACAAACUGAAACUUACUCAGAAAAACACUGAAUUUAUUGCAGCACUUUGUGCAGUGUUGAAUUGACUGUGGCCAUGACUAAGACCCUUAGCCAAGACCCAGACCAAGUUUUGAAUCCACCAACCGGAAGACCCAAGUAAUAAGACCCAGACCAAUCCCACAUUUACUGGGUCUUGAAGAGACUCCAACUCAGACAGUAUUUCCAGAAAUUUAAUGAUGUUCACCUUUGGUAAUUUUUUGUUUUGUUUAAUGGCUGCUAAUGAGGUUUGGAAAUAUAUGCUUUUACCCAAAAAAAAAAAAAAAAAAAAGCUUUUUUUUUUUUAAGAUGUGAUGUGCACUGUACGUUAUAGAAGGAAAGUGUUACAAUUUUAGCUAUUGCAAGUACAGUCUUCUAUAAUUUUCCCACUCUUAUCAUUUUUGAUGCUAGUCUGCACACAAUGAUUUUCACAGUUUCUGUGAGAAUAUACUUGAAUCAUUUGGAGAUGUUUUAGUGAUGCAGGACUCAAUAUAGACUUUAGUUGACGCAAAUCAUGUGCAUCAAAUUGCAAGGGUCGACCCUAAAUUAGGUCUAAUUGUGGAAAGAUAUUCAGACUUGGUAGAUCGUUUUCCUAAAAGGUCUUUACCUCUGUCUCUAAAACUGCAGUCUUUACGGUGUCAAGUGAUAUGUUAAAUAUCUUCUAGCAGAAUGCAACUCAUAAUGCAAAAUACAUUUGCAACACUGUCCUUUAUGCAAAGCUUUUUUUACAUUGUGUUGUGAAAACCAGGGUAGCCUUGUUAUCCAUUUUUGAGAGUAAAGGUCAUUGCACACGGAGUCAGAAAUUUUUGCACGUUAAAAAAUAAAUACGACCUCACGUUGUGUCAAUUACGUUUACACACUGCCUCCGAAACUUUCAUCUGUCAUAAAAAAAUGCGGAUCAGGUUAGAUUUUUCUGCGUUUUCGCAUCCGUAACAAGCAUUUUGAUAGGAAAAGAUGACGAAUACGAAAAAACGCAUACGAAAAUUUCGGACUCGGUGUGCAAGGACCU